AGCCUUCCAGACAGCUCCUGGCUUAAAGCUGCAGAAGACAUAAGCAUCAGACCAAUAAGCAGAUCAAAGAAGCAUUUGUUUGUCAUCCUCUCUUUACACCUAGGGCUCAAGAUGCUGAGCCGUUUGUCGGGGCUAGCCAACACUGUCCUGCAGGAGUUGUCGGGGGAAGGAGAGGAUGCAGGGGCUGGAGCUUUGCCUGCCGGACCAGAUCUGGAACCCAGCCAGCAGAAUGGGGAGGAGAUGCCGGAGGAUGUGCUGGAACGCCUGGCCCACAUGGAGAGGCUGGUGGUCCAGCUGAAGGAUCUGCUGCGAGAGAAGGAAGACCACCUCCAGCAGAAGGAUGCUUUGCUCCAGGAAGAGAGGCAGGCCGCUGAAGCCAAGCUGACAAAGCUGAAACUGCAGGCCAAAGCCAAGCUGGCAUCUCUGAACAAACGCAUUGAGGAGCUGACGGAACAAGGAGCGGCCUUGCCCGCAAAGGACCUGCCGGGAGAGCCGCUGCCUCCCGCUAAGCAGCUUCAGAGUGACCAAGGGACCAAUGAUGUGCAGAGGGAGGAGAUGGAAGCGCUGCAAAGGCGGCUUCAGGAACAGGAGGAAACGGUGAGGAAGCUGCAAGAACAGCUCGAAGUGGCCACAGGAAGCCUGAAGGAAGCUAAGGCCCAGCUCAGCUCUUUGGAAGAGGAAAUCCAGGAGAAGGACUCUCAGCUGGAGGAGCAGGCCCGCCAGCACCAGGCCGCAUUGCACCAGUUAGUAGCCCCGUCAGCUCUAGAAGCAGAAAUGCAACAGAAUCUAAGGCUUUGUCAGCGGAAGCUGGAGGAGCAAGAGGCUGCAUUGCUGGGGCGAGCCCAGGUGGUAGAAUUGCUGCAGCAGGAGUUAAAUGGCGCUGAGGAGCAGAAGAAGGUUCUCUUGGAAAAAUGGCAGCAAGCUGAGGCAGAGCUGGAUUCCCUGAGGAGUGCCUUUGCUUCUGAGAGGCAAGAGUCCCGGAGCCUUGUGGAGAAGCUGGAGCUGGAGCUAGCAGAGCAGAAACUGGCUGCCCAUCGCUUGCAGGAGGAGGUGCAGCAACUCUCCCAAGAGCAAGCCGAUGGCCAGCACAAACACCAGGCCAGAGAGAAGAGGCAUGCAGAGCAGAUGGAGGAGAAGAGCCUCCAAAUUGCCGCACUGCAAAGAGCGGAGCAGGAGCUGCGUGCCAGCUAUGAUGCCCUCCAAGCCAAGAAGGCCCAGUUGCAGUGGGAUGCGGACCAGCUACCUGAGCGCCCCCCUGAGAAGGUCUCUGGCCAGCCAGGGGAGCUCCCUGCACAGCCCACAGAGUCUGGCUGUUCACCAGCUGCGCCUGAGACGGCAACAUGGGGCUCCACGAUGAACGAGCCAGCUGCUGACCACCUCGCAGCAUCUCCAGUGAGGAGCGACAGACAGCAGGAGACUGAGCAGGACAAGACCGCCGUAGAGGCCUUGGAAGCUGACAAUGAGACUCUCCGUGCCAAACUUGCUGUGCUGGAAAAGAGGUUAGAAUUUGCAGCAGGCCCAGCAGAGUCAAGCCAGGUCAGCUGCACUGAAAUUGGCGUUGGCAUGCAAGGUCUACUGGCUUCAGAGGCUCCAUCUAGCUUCAGUGGCAGCUCACGGGGGCCUGUCGGCAUCCUGGAUGGUCUGGAAAAUGACAUGGCUGAAGGCCCACCCUCACCAGGCAUGCCUGCUGCCCAAGCCCAGCCCAGCCCAGGAGAGAACCCAGAGGAACUGCCUGCUACUGAGAACAGCCCGUCUGAAAUCCUGGAGUACCCUUCUGCAAAGAAACACAAAGAUCUGUCAGUCUUGUUGGUAGAGCUACAGGAAGCUCAGGAAGAAAUGGCAUUUCUGAAAGGGCAGCUUCAAGACUCCAGUAGCCCAGUCCCUGAUGGAGCUGAAGAGCUGAGUGUGAAAUUGCAAGCCAGUGACUCAGAGGGAGGAGGAGAAAAGGGGACAGCCCUUCUCCAGAGUGCUUCAAGUAGCCGUUCAAUGAUAAGGGUAGAAAUCCAGGACGACUCGCCCUCUCCCAUUCUAGUGAUACCCAUGGAGCAAGAGGGCCCCUUGGCGGGGGAUCCGGAAGCAGCCCCACAGCCUCCCCUGGCCUCUGCAUCCCAGCUGCAGGAGCUGGCCAAGCUGCAGUUUGAAAUUGCCGAGCUACAAGCCAGCCAGCAGAAAGCCGAGCAACUUCACCAGGAGGUCUUGGAGGAGAAAGCGGUGGAGAUCGGGAGGCUGCAGCGGCUGGUGGAAGACUCGGGCUGUAGCUUGCACACGCUGGCCAGAGAGAGAGAUCAGCUCCUGGCCCAGCUGCAGGAGCUCUUCUCCCUGGCCGAACUGAAGGAGCAGGUGAGGCAGCUGGAGGGCGAUUUGGCCAAUGCGGAGAAGCGGCGGCUCUCUGACUACGAAAGUGGAAUCUCCCAGCUGGGUCUGCUGAAGGAGCAAAUCCAGAGCCUGCAGAACGAGGCCAGAUCCAAAGAGGUGAAAAUUGAGACUCUGCAGAGGGACCUGGAUGAGGCCCAGUGUGGUCUGGCAGAGCAAGAGACGCUGGGGAGAAACCUGACCAGCCGCCUCCAGGAGAAGGAGCAGGAAAUGCACACUUUGGUGGCCCAGCUGGAAGAGACCGUGGUGAGGGGUGAGCAGCUCUCCCAGCGCAUCACCGCCAGGGAGCUGGAGGUGGCCAGACUGGACAGCCUCGUUUGCGAAAAGUCCGCAGAGGUUGACCGGCUCCAACGAGAGGUGGUGGAGCAGCAGCAGCAGAUGGUGGAGGUCAGCACUGGCAUGUCUGACCGGAUGGUCGAGCUGAACGAGGAGAAGUUCUUGCUGGGGAAAGAGCUGAAGAGCAUGACUGAGCAGCUGAGCUUGCUUGUGCAAGCCAAGGAGAUGAGAGACCAGGGUGUGGGGACCGAGGAGAAAGAGUCCCCUGGGCAGCAAGCAGAGAGGGCAGCAUCUGCUGGUGAGGAGCUGGAGGGGCUGAGGAAGGAAAACGAGCAAGUGAGGAAGAAGCUGCAGGCAGCCCUGCUCAGCAGGAAGGAGCUCCUGAGCAAGGUCCGCCGGCUGGAGAGGGAAGCGGAAGCGGGCAGAGGGCAGCCGGGGGCCACCGCCUUGGAGGCCCAGGACCAGGAAGGGGAAGAAUCUCCCCCCACUAGGAGCAGCAUCCAUGCAGAUGGUACCUUAAGCCCUGGAAAGCGAAGCAGGACUGACUCUCUGAGCCAGGUGCUCUCCGCAAAGGAGGCUGAGCUGCAAAUGGUCCUCGGGGAGAAGGAAUCUGCCGAGGCCAAGUUGCAAAACAUGGCUGGGGAGCUGCAGCAAAGCCUGCAGGAGAAGGGCCUCCUCAUUGGCUCCCUGCAAGCUGAGCUCGAGGAGAAGGGCCUCCUCAUUGGCUCCCUGCAAGCUGAGCUCGAGGAGAAGGGCCUCCUCAUUGGCUCCCUGCAAGCUGAGCUCGAGGAGAAGGGCCUCCUCAUUGGCUCCCUGCAAGCUGAGCUCAAGGACCAUCAUCCAGCACCUGUGAGUCAGAGCUCAGAGGGGCCUGGCAGACCUGCUCCUCUGGCACACCUGGCAAGUAGCACCACUGACCCUGGCCUGGAGGAACAGCAAAAGACUGCCCUAGAAGAGAAGAUCUGUGCUCUAGAACAGGAGGGGGAGCAGCUCCAGAAGAAGCUGCAGGAGGCUCUGGCCUCCCGCAAAGACACCAUCAAGAAAGCCCAGGAAAAGGACCGUCACCACCGAGAGCAGCUGAAGCAGCAGAAGGAGGACUACAACCUCCUGCAAGAGCAACUUGAGGAGCAAAGCAGGGAGAAAGAGAGCAUCCAGAAUCAGCUCCUUCAGCUCCAGGCCCAGAUUGAGAUGCUGGAGAGCUCUUCUCUUCCCAAGCCUGGUGAGGAGGCGCCUCCUGAUGGGACCCAGCCCGCACCAGGGCCUGCAGAGGAGCUUGGCAGGGAAGUCCCUGCAGACCUGCAAGCAGAGAGUGCUGCAGUCUCCGGGAGCUUCCUGGCAGCUGAAGGGGUCACAGUGGAGCAGCUCAAAGCAGAUCUGAGUCAACUGAGAGCCGAGAAGAGGGAGCUGGAAGCCCAGGCCAGCCAGCUGCAAGGAGAGCUUGGGAGCAAGUCAGAGGUAGCCCUGCAGCUCCAGAAGCAGGUUGGGCAGCUGCGUGCUGAGGCGGAGACCGUGAAGGCAGCCUUGUGCCAGGCUGAAGCCAACGUGGCAAGUCUUCGGCUAGAACUGGAGGAUUGCCGGGCAGAGGCUGCCCGGCAAGAAAGCCUUUGGCUCCAGCAUACAGACCGAGGGGAACAAAAGGAACCUGUCAGCAAAGAGGAGGUCGAAAGCCUUAAUUCCCAGCUGGCGCUCGCGAAUGAAUCUCUGCAUAGCCUCCAGGCAGAGCUGCAGGAAAGAGGGGAUGUGAUCCAAGCCCUGGAAGGCCAGCUGGAGGUUGAGAAGAAGCAUGCCAGGCACCUGCAGACUGAGCUGGCCCAAGUGCAGCAGAAGUCAGCCGAAGGAGCUGCGGAGGAGGAGCAGCAGCCCAAAGCCCAGCUGCAGAGGAAGCUGCAGGCUGCGCUCAUCUCCAGGAAGGAGGUGCUGAAGGAGAGCAAGGGGCUCAGGGAGGAGCUGGCCAGCACCCGAACUUCUCUGGAAAGCGCCUCUCUCCGCCUUUCGGAUGUGGAGAGGCAGGCCUCGGUGCUGGAGAAGGAGAAGGGGGUGCUUUCCGAGAAGCUGCUGGUCCUCCAGGAGGAGCGGGAAAAGCUCAUUGCUGAAGUGGACAAAGCCCUGGUGGGAAACCAGAACCUGGCUGCCUCCUGCGAGAGCCUGAAGCUGGCCCUCGAGGGGGUGACUCGGGAGAAGACGAGUCUGGAGGAGGAGGUUGGCGCUUUGCAGCGCUGCCAGGCCGAGGAGCUCUCUGCCUGGCAGGAGAAGCACAAGGAGCUGCAGAAGGAGUACGAGACCCUCUUGCGGUCCUACGAGAAUGUCAGCGAUGAGGCUGAGCGGAUCCAGCGGGUUCUGGAGGGCGUCCGGCAGGAGAAGCAGGAGCUCUUCCUCAAGCUGAAAGGUGCCGAGGCUGAGAAAAGGGAGGUGGACACACGCCUGCAGGGUGCAGAGCAAGAGAUGGAGGGGAUGAGAGAGAAGAUGAGGAAGUUCGCCAAAUCCAAGCAGCAGAAGAUCCUGGAGCUGGAGGAGGAGAAUGAGCGCCUGAGAGCAGAGGCUCACCCUGCAGACAGUGGGCCGGGAAGCGGGGAGGAGCUGAGCACUCAUCUCAGAGAAGACCUGGAGAGCUCCAAGAAGCACGGCGAGUCCCUUUCCGGUCAGCUGAAAGUGCUGAUGGCGGAAAAGGACUCGCUGAACCAGGAGAUCCAGGACUUGAGGCAGAGGUUGCAAAGCAAGGAGCAGGAGGGGGUGGUGGCAGAAAGCAAGGCGGCUCCCUCCACCGUGGCAGCAGAAGGUGAGGUGGAUCCAGGAGCAGGCUCUGAACCUCCAGAGCCCACUGCUCUCCAUACUGAGGAGGAGGCGGAGGAGGAAACCAGCAAAGCCGGCCCUGUGCAUGACGGAAUCAAUGGGUACAUGCAGCAGGUGACGCAGCUCACAAGGCAAGUUGCAGAGCUGGAGAAGAGGAGUGGGUCAGCGGAGGAGCUAAGCAGGCUCCAGCGGGAGGGGGAGGCCCUGAGAGAGCAAAAGAGAAGCCUGGAGGAUCUGCUGGCUGCCAAAGCCCAGGACCUGGAAGCUCUGCAGGGAGAGGUGGCCCAGCUGCAGGAAGCCCACCGGCACACAAAAGAGCAGCUUGCCGGGGCCAGCAGGCGGAGGGAAGCUCUGGAAAGAGAGAAGGAUGACCUGGAGGAAAGGCUCAUGAACCAGCUGGCAGAGCUGAACGGGAGCAUUGGGAACUACCAGCAAGAUGUGGGGGACCUGCAGAGCAAAAACCAGCAGCUCCAAAAGGAGGUGGCGAGCCUGCAAGGAACGCUGAGCUGCCUGCAGGACGAAAAGCAGCAGCUGCUGAGGGAGAAGGCAGAGAAGAAGGAGCAGGUGGCCAUGGUGAAGAGCACCUGGAAGGGGGACAGCGGCCGGACGCAGGCCAGGGAGCUUCAGGAGCUCCUGAAGGAGAAACAGCAGGAGGUCAGGCAGCUGCAGAAAGACUGCAUUAAGAGCCAGGAGAAGAUCAGCAGCUUGGAGAGAACCAUCAAGGCCCUGGAGUUUGUCCAGAGCGAGUCCCAAAAGGAGCUGGAGGCUGCCAGGAGGAGCCUGGCCAAGGCGGGAGACGACACCCAGAAGGCCCAGGCCGAGCUGGCCUCCUGCAGAGUCUUGCUGGACGACACGCAGAGCGAGGCGGCCCGCGUCCUGGCUGAGAGCCUGAAGGCAAGAGAGGAGCUCCGGGCAAGCCAGGAGCAGGUCCAGGCGCAACUGCGGCAGAAGGAGGAAGACCUGGGGAGGCGCCUGGAGCAGGAGAAGAGCAAGCACUCCAAGGAGCUCAGGAACCUGGAGGAGAGGCUGGAGGCCCUGCGGCAGAGCCAGCUGCGCUCGGAGGAGGCGGCCCAGGCUCUCCAGGACUCGCUGCGCCGCAAGGACCAGGAUGCCCAGCAGCUGCAAGGCACUCUCAACCACACGCUGGCCCAGCUGGCAGCCUUCAGCAGGAGCAUGUCUUCCCUGCAGGACGACCGGGACCGGGUGAUCGACGAGUCCCGGCUGUGGGAGAAGAAGUUCAGCGAGGCCAUUGAGAAGAAGGAGCAAGAGGUGCGUGCCCGGGAGGAGGCCUGCGUGGCCUUGGAGGCGCAGGCGAAGCAGAAGGCUGCCCAGGCGGAAGAGCUGCAGAAUCGCAUUGCCAGCCUGGAAGAGAGCAAGUUGGCCCAGGAGUCCAGGGCUCAGCAGGAGCUUCAGCAUCACCAAGAAGAAGCCCAGCUGCUCCAGGAGGAGAAGAGGCAGCUUGCAUCCCAGCUUGAGGAGACCCAGCGGCUGUUCGACGAUUCCCAGAAGCAGCUCCAGAAGCAAGAGGGGGAGCUCCAGAGUCUGAGAAAGAAGCUCGCAGAUCUGCAGGGCUCCUUGGCAAAGUGUGAGGAGGCGCGUCAAGAAACAGAGGUGCGGGUCAAACACCAAGAUGCCACCCUCCAGGAAUGCAGGUUUGGCCGUGAGCAGUUGGAGGCUGACCUGCGGGCUUCCAAGGAGCUGACGGAGAGGCUCCAUGAAGAGAUGAGCAGCAAGGACCAGAAGAUCCUCAGCCUCUUAGCAUCCAAGGAGGAGGCCGUGGCUGCGGCUGUGUCGGAGCUGCAGCUGCGGCACCAAGAGGAGCUGGGAGGCCUGGAGAAGAGACUUGGCCAGGGAGAAGAGGAGAGGGCGGCCUUGGAAACCGAGAGGACGAGAGCUCUGGAGAAGGCCAGUCGUCUUGUGGGGAAGCUAAAGAGCACCCGGGAGGAGAGCAAGCAGCACAAGGCCCAGCUGGAUUCCUUCACCAAGUCGAUGUUUUCCCUGCAGGACGACCGGGACCGCGUGCUGGGAGACUAUCAGCAGCUGGAGCAGCGCCACGUGGCUGCCAUCCUGGAGAAAGACCAGCUGAUCCAGGAAGCCGCGGCGGAGAACAACACCCUGAAGGGAGAGCUGCGGACCCUCCACGGCCGGAUGGACGACCUGCACGCCGAGAAUGCCAAGCUGGGUGCUGAACUGGUGCGGUACCGGGAGGACCUGAACCAGCUCAUCUCCAUCAAGGACAGCCAGCAAAAGCAGCUGCUCCAGACCCAGCUGGAGCGCAUCCAGGUGCUGGAGAAGGAGAAGGCAGGCGCGGAGGGGAAGCUGCGAGACUCUGAGCAGACCCUGGCCGAGCUGCGGCUGUCGGUGGAGGCCCUGCAGCAGGUCAAGCACAGUAUGGAGCAGGAGACGGAGACCCUGGCCGCCUCCCUCUCUCGGGUGCAAGGGGAGAUGGCGGCACUGCGUGAGGGCGGGCCCAUGUUGGAGCUGCAGGCCCAGCUGCAGGGCAAGGUGGAUGAAGUGCAGGAGCUGAGCAGCCGGCUCUCACGGGCGCAGCAGCGAGGAGCGGAGCUGGAGGAAGAGCUGGCCCUUGCGCACAAGACCACGGCCCAGGAGAGGCGCGAGGCCGAGGCCAAGAUGGAGAAGGAGCUGAAGGAGCUCCAUCACGACGCUGGGCUGAUGCGCAGUGAGACCGAGACAGCUGAGGAGCGGGUGGCCGAGCUGGCCAAGGACCUCCUGGAAAUGGAGCAGAACCUUCUUGCCCUCACGGAGGAGAACCAGGACUUGAAGGCCCAGAUCCAGUCCUUUGGGAAGGCGAUGGGCUCCCUCCAAGACAGCUGGGACCAGUCAAAUGAAGAGCUGCGGGCCAUGGAGAAGAAGUACGCGGUCAGCAUGGAAGAGCAGCGCUCACUAGUCCAGAGUCUCCGCGAGGAGAAUUCUCGGUGCCAGGAAGAGCAGAAACACCUCCUAGAGGAGAGGGAGGCUCUGGUCUCUCAGCUGGGAGCCCUCCGGGGCUCCGUGGAGGAAAAGGGACUCCUAGCCCGGCUGGAGAAACUCAGCCAGCAGCUCCAGGAGAAAGACGUGGAGCUUCUCCGCCUGGCCUCUGAGCUGGAGGGGGCCUCUGCCCAAGUGACGUCCUUCUCCAAGGCCAUGGCAAGCUUGCAGGGCGAGCGAGACCAUCUGCUGAGCGAGCUGGACAAAGCCCGCCGAGUGGAUGAGGUGAAGCUGCAGUCUGCCGGGAGAGCUUCCGCCAGCCCCGUCGAAGUGAAGAGCCUGAAGAAGGCCUUGUCCACCCUGCAGAAUGACAGGGACAGGCUGCUGGCAGAGCUGAAGAGCCUUCAGCAGCAGUACCUGCAGGUGGGGCUGGACACGGCCGAGCUUGUGCGCUUGAAGGCCCAGCUGCGGGAGCAGGAGCAAGAGACGGAGCAGCAGCGGCAGGAGAGGGCCUCGCGGCACUUGGAGCUCCAGCAGCUCCGGGAGGAGAAGGCCGCCUGGGAGCAGCGGGAGGCCACAGCAGCCCAAGAGCAGCAGCUGAGCUGCCUGCAGGGAGCUGUGCGGGAGUCGAGGCCCCGCCCACAGGAGGAGCAGCACCAAAGACAGAUUCCUCCAGCUCCUUUGAAGGAGGAUGCAUCCAGCCUCGAGGCUGAGAUGCACAGUCUGCAGGCACAACUCGGGAGCAGCCUGAAGGAGGUGCACCGGAAGGAGCUGCGCAUCCAGGAGCUGAACAGCAAGCUCUCCCAGGUCUUUGAAGAGAAGAACUUCCUCUCCCUGCAGCUGAGGGGAAGCAGCUGCAGCCUGCGCGAGAGCCACCAGCGCUACAGCGAGGCCCUGGCCCACUGUGAGGCCCUCGAGAGGCAGCUGCAGGCGCUGCAGCCUCCCGCCAAGGAGCCGGGGUCCCUUUCGACAGACGCUGCUCCUGGAGCCCCCCAGGAAAGAAGCGAGAACUCCAGGGAGAGCUACACCCCAGAGCUACAGGAGCUGCAGACAAAGCUCUCGGAGGCCAAGCAGCAGCAGAGCAGGGCCAGGCAGGGCCUGCUGCAGUUGGAGGAGCUGCUGCAGGAGGAGCGGGACCGGCGCCUGGCGGCCGAGGAGGCUUUCUCUGCCGCCCAGGAUCACAUCCGCCGGAUGGAGGCGAAUGAGUGGGCGCACCCUUCGGAUACCAGCAUCGAGAUGUCUCCAAGCCCUGAGCAUGCGCUGCUUGUUAGCUCCAUGGAUGGCUCCUUCAGCAAGGCUCGAGGAGGCACGGGCCUCCGGCGUGUGCUGCGCCUGCUCUUUGGCUCCCGGAGACGCUUGCCCCUGCUGGCCACAGUCUACCUCCUCGCAGUCCACGUGCUGCUUCUGCUGUGCCUGACGGGCCACCUGUGAGGCCAGCCCCUCGGCCUGCCUCUGCGGGGGUGGGCAAGAGGAAGCUCCUGAAGCCCCUGCGCCUGGAGGGGGCAGCUGCUGUGCUGGGGCGGGUGAGGGAACCCUCUGGGGCACCCAGCACCCGUGGUGGGCUGGUGGCCGGCUGAGCGCGAGAGGAGCGCUCUGGCGACUGCAGCCAGUGGGAGCUGGCCUCGCGGUGGCCUUCGCUAGCCCUGACCUCCAUCACGUUGGUUCUGCUUUGUUCUUAGAGAAGAGUUGGGGGGUUUUCACAGGCUGCUUCACACACUGAAUCGGGGCGGCGUUUGCUCACAGCCUCAGUUAAUUUUGCGGGAACCCAGGUGGAGGAAACACACAUUUCCCUUCCUUCCGUUUUCCCUGCUGCGUUGUUUGUCAGGAAGCGAAGGGCUGGAGCUCUGUAGGAUACGCGGAGUCCUCCUCCUCCUCCUCCUCCUCCCAUGCUCUGCCUUGCAGCACAAGUUUCUAGCUGGAUUCUGGGAGCGGGACCCAGUUGGCCUGCUUAACCUCCGGCUUGUUUCAGGACUUUUUCCUUUUUGCACCCUCAGUUUGUUCUCUACGGUUUGGGGACCAGGAGGGUUGGGAAAGUGGCACCUGCAAGAGAUGGUGCAGACCUUUUCCCCUCUUAGACACGCACACACACAGUGAGGAGGAGGAGGAGAGAAGGGGGCCACAUGACCCCAGACGUAAUGAGGAGGGGGGAAGUGUCUGUUCCUGGGGCCACGGAGCCUGUAUUUUGCACUGCACGCAGGAGGGGGGAAUAAGGGGGGCGGGAGCAGGAGAAGAGAGUUGAAACCCCUCCAUGCCGCUUCCCUGGAGAGGGCUCUGUCCCCAAGUGCCAGGGAAGACAGAGCAUCGGGCUCAAGGGAAUGUUGUAGCCCUUGCUGCUCCGCAGGGUCUUCCACACUGGGGUGUGUGCCCAACCCGUCUGGGCGGCUCCUUCCCUUCUUGCUCCCCUGGGCCCCCUUUCUCCAGGCUGAAGAAACUACUGAGCAGGCCGGAAGAGUCCAGGGCCGGGGUGGGUGGGGGAAGAGACCUCCUUGGCUCUCCAGCUCGGGCCUUGCCAGCCGCGAGGGGCCCCUCGGAGCCUUGAAUCCUGCAGGGCGUGUGCUCGGGGGGCUUUCCUUUCCUCUCUGGGAUGCAACCCUUGUGCAAUAAAGAGAGUGGUUUUCCAA